GGACGUCGCCCCUGCCCGCCUCCCGCCGCUCGCCGCCCCCCGCCCGCAGGCUCCUGAGCCUCAGUCGGCGCCGAGCAUCCCGCUGCCCCGGACCCUCCCGCGGGCGUGCUCCGGGCUCAACCCAGGCUCGCGGCUGCAAGGAGACAUCUCCACUGCCCAGGACCACUGAGUGUGUGGACAGGACAGCCUCCUUUGGAAGGCCGGUCACCCCGGAGCCCCGCCUCGGCAUGGGCCUUGCCACUGAGGCAGCUCCGCUGUCUGUGCUGGCCUGAAGGUGCUGCCCGACAUGGGGGCAGCCAUCUCCCAGGGGGCCCUCAUUGCCAUCGUCUGCAACGGCCUCGUAGGCUUCCUGCUGCUGCUGCUCUGGGUCAUUCUCUGCUGGGCCUGCCACUCUCGCUCUGCUGACGUCGACUCUCUCUCUGAAUCCAGUCCCAACUCCAGCCCCGGCCCCUGUCCUGAGAAGGCGCCACCACCCCAGAAGCCUAGCCAUGAAGGCAGCUACCUGCUGCAGCCCUGAAGGCCCCUGGCCUAGCCUGGAACCUGGGACCUAAGCCUGGAAAUCAGGAUCCCAGAGGCCAGCCUGUGUGGAGCUGGACCCAGCAGUCUAGCCAGCCUGGCUCCACAGGGGGCUCAGGUGGCCCGAGGGAGAUGGGCCUGGGGCGGGGGUUCAUGAGUUGGUGCUAGGGCCAGGGCCAUCUGGACUCCGCUCCAUCCCAACGGCCAGGGGCUGGGUUUACCCUUUCCCUGGGCUAAGCGCCCCUGGCCCUCUAGGUUGGGGAGGCAAACCGGAGCCCAUGGCAAUAAUGGGAGGGUAUCCAGGCUGGGCUCCUCUCCUGGUCCUCCCUCUGUUCGCUGGAUAAUAAAUGGAACUAUGGCUCUAC